UGCAGUUUGUGGGCGCGGUCGGAGCGGUGGCGGCGGGUUCGUGUCACUGCGGAGCGGCAGCACCGGCACCGGCACCCGGAGCCCGGAGAGGCGGCACCUGGAGCCCGGAGAGGCGGCACCUGGAGCUCGGCGGCGGCUCCAGCCCAGGGUGCCAGCAGCGCGGCUGCAAAGCUGCUCCCGAGGCCGAGCUCCCAAAGGAUCUGUCAGCACUGCUGAUGUGUCGGGAGCAAGGUGCUGAGUGUUCCAGGCAGAGAGAUGCCGGUUGUGAGCUGGAGGAAAGUGAAUUGUGCUCCAUUCGUAUUGAAAAUGAGCUCCAGCAUCCCCAGGAGGGACCAGCAGCCGGGGUUCCACACUCGCCUGCGGCACAAGAAGCCACUUGGCAUCAGCAGGGGGCUGCCACUUGUGAGCGAGCAGUGAGUGAAGAUGUGGAGAAUGGAUUCUGCACCAGGGAUGGGAGUGUGAGAGAGCCCCAGGGCACAUCAGCAACCGGCAAGGAACACAAAAGGGACCUCAGAAGAUUGCUGGGUGAAUGGUUCAGGAGCCAUCCCGUGGGCACGGCGCUGCUGAUUCUGCUGCUCCUGGUGCUGCUGCUGCCUUUGGGGGUGGCCUUGGCUGUGCUGGCAGUUCCAACACCAAAGGUUACAGUGACACCUGCGACCCCGCAGUGCUGUCCCCGUGGCUGGGUUGGCUACAAGGGGGUCUGCUAUGGCUUCUCAAAAGAUUACAGCAGCUGGGAGCAGGCUGAGGAACGGUGCUCGGAGCUCGGGGCCUCCCUGGCCAUUCUGAAGGAUGAGGAGGCCAUGGGUUUGCUCUUCCGCCUCCGCGGGAACGGCGAUUACUGGCUCGGGCUGCGCAGACGGGGCGAGCGCCUGCACUGGGGGGACGGCAGCAGCUACAGCUCCCGGGUUCCUGUCUUUGGCGAUUCCGAGUGUGUGUACCUGGCUGACGAUAUAUUCAGGAGUGAGAACUGCUCAAAGGAGCGGCCGUAUGUCUGCAGCAAGGCCCAGGCUCCCCUGUAACAGGGGCUGCAGAAAGGACCUUCUCCAUGCUGGGCAGUGCCAGCUUCACCUCUCAGCCCAGCCCAGGGCUGUCCUUGCUCAGCUGCACCCUGUGCCUUGCCCUCGCUCUCAGGGUCACCUCAGUGCCUCUUCAUCCAUGCCCAGUGCCAGCGCUGGGCUGGGUGUGCAAAGGAAAAGGCUCUGCAAUCCAUCCUGCCUCCGAUGCUGCCUGGGUCGACGGGAUUGCUCUCAUCACACAACCAGCUCUAAAGGGAAAUCCAGAUCUCCCUGGGGUCUUGGAAAUCAUCACGAACUGAUCUGAAUGUGACAUUUUUGGACGGUCUUUGGAAAAGGAGGAACAACAUGUGACACUUGCUGAGGAGGAAUCCUUCUUUUGGCAUCAGGCACCUGAUUGUGGAGAAUAGUCUGCUGUCUGUCUGCUGUGAAGCAUCUGACUGUCCUGUGGGAGUAAUCCCAGGCUGGAGCAGGACAAGGAUUUGUCUCCCUGCAGGAGAAGCAGUGACAUGACGUGACUGUAACCCCCAUCCCCCUGUGCUGCUGUGUGGGGAGGAGGGAGGGAGGGAACUGGGGAUAAAGUGAAGCCCAGGAAGGACAGAACAGUGUGGAGAAGGUGCAUUUUUAGGAUUUGGUGUACAUCUCACUCCCUUGCUCUGAUUUGUUUGAUGAUAAAUUCAGUUCAAUUUAACGCCCCAGCUCUGGGCCUGUUCAGUCCA